UCCUGCUCUUCUUUCGCCUGCUCCAGGCUGGCCUGCCACUCCUCCUGCUAUGAUGCCUGGGCAGAUCCCAGACCCUUCCGUGACAGCGGGCUCUCUGCCAGGGCUCGGCCCUCUGACCGGACUCCCCAGCUCAGCCUUGACUGCAGAGGAGCUGAAAUACGCCGAUAUCCGCAACCUCGGGGCCAUGAUCGCACCCUUGCACUUCUUGGAGGUGAAGCUGGGCAAGAGGCCCCAGCCCGUGAAAAGUGAGCUAGAUGAGGAAGAGGAGCGAAGGAAAAGGCGCCGGGAGAAGAAUAAAGUUGCAGCCGCCCGAUGCCGGAACAAGAAGAAGGAGCGCACGGAGUUUCUGCAGCGGGAAUCUGAGCGGCUGGAGCUCAUGAACGCUGAGCUGAAGACCCAGAUCGAGGAGCUGAAGCAGGAGCGGCAGCAGCUUAUCCUGAUGCUGAACCGGCACCGCCCCACCUGCAUUGUCCGGACUGACAGCGUCAAGACCCCCGAGUCGGAAGGCAACCCGCUGCUGGAGCAGCUCGAGAAGAAGUGACCGUGGGCUGGGAGGAGGAAGCGGAGGAGGAGGAAGAGGAGAAGAGAUGAAGAAGAGGGAGGGGGGUCCCAGAGGGCCUGUCCUCAGUGCAUGAAAAACUGUACAAUGAGGUUCGGCCCCACCAGUGUCAGCUGGGCUUUUUUGUGAAACUCAGAUCAGCCGCGCAAGGGGAAGACGGGGCUGAAGAAACCCAGAGGGACCAAGUGCUGAGACCAAAGUUGACCUGCGGGUAGGGCUGUCCUGCCUGGGGCCCAGCUUGAAGGAGGCAGGACAGAGGUGCCUGGGCCAGAGAGACGCCCAGCCAGGCAGCCUUGGGCACUUCUCCAGCCUCUCCACCAGGACACCCACCUGAGGGACCUCCCAGCAGCCAGGAAAAGCCAUGAGUUGCAACCAAAAUGCGGCUGAGGAUGGAACUCAAAAUGAAACUGCAAUCUGUCGGCCCUGACCCUGAUGCCACGAUGCUGGAGAGGGGCGUGCUGGGGCCCCAACACCCCACCCACCUCGGUCCCCACGGCCCGGGAGGCGGCAGCUGGGCGCACCCUGGCCGGCCCUGCUGGAGUCUGCUGUGGGCACUGAGGCGCGGGCGCCCUUCCAAAGCACAUACUCACUGAAUGUUUACAGACUGGUGUCCUCGCAGGGCUUUCAACUGCACAUGUUUUUUAUACUUUCUUUCUUUUUUUUUUUUUAAUAUUUUUUACCAAAAAAAAAGAUUUUAUACAAGCAAUAUAUAUAUGGAUUUCUAUAAUCACUCGAUGUGAUACAGUAUAAAUAUGCUAUGGUUUGUUUGUUAAGAACAGAUAUCCACCAGUUAUGGCCGUUGUGUGUAACUCCGAAGUACUGUAGUCUCCGGGUGUUGGGGUGGCCGGGGCGGGGGUGGGGGCGUUUCCAUCCUUGUAAACCCUUCAUAGUACUCAGUCCUGUAUCGCUCAGUAAACAUUGCUCUUACUUAC